ACACAAUCUGAAAAGACGUCGCACACCCAUAGUUUCCUGUACGUUAGUUGUAUACUCGCCCUUGCUCAGAGCGUGGAUAGGACUACUCAAUGUUAAAACUAUUACCAUGAUUGUGUGAAUGGAUUUUAAUUGAUUAUCCGCAAUGGAUUCUCGGAUUUUAUUCUGGACUCAAGUCAUCUUAUUAGUUUCAACAGGAUCGGGGAUAUUAGGACAAUCUCCAGGUGAUGUACGACUGGUUGAUGGUAGUUCCACUCUGGAAGGAAGGGUAGAGGUGUAUUAUGAUAACCUUUGGGGUACGAUAUGCAACCGAGGAUGGGAUAGUACAGACAGUGGUGUAGUCUGCAGACAGCUAGGUUUUCAAGUUUCUUUGAGUAGUCCAAGUUUCGGGCCUGGCAUUCCAACACAACGUAUCUGGUUAGCUGACGUACAGUGUGAAUCAUCCGACCGACGUCUGAACGAGUGUGUUACAGACGGCCAGUGGGGACAGACCUCUACAUGCCCUCAUAACAACGAUGUAGGUGUUAGGUGCUCAGGCUUAAACGUUGGGAUCGCGCCAAAUUACCAAGGGUGCUACCGUUUUGAAGACAUUCCUGUAUCAAACACAGCAAUUCGUUUCACGUCAAAUACUAUUGAGACUUGUUUAGAAAGCUGUUCAAUAAAUUUUAUGUUUGCUGGUUUAUAUGGAGAGACAUGUACUUGUGAUGACCAGGUAAAUCCUUCAGCCCAGCCUGUUGAUAACAAUAUGUGUAGAAUGCCAUGCCCAGGUAACUCUGCCCAGCUGUGUGGUGAUGAUGAAGUCAACAUGGAAUUCGUAUCUGUUUAUUCUGUGUCUGUUGGCGAUGGCUACGUCUCAUCACCAUGGUUUCCUGGUAAUUACGUCCUUUCAAGUACUGAUACAUCCCAACCAGACAACCUCACCUCCAGUACCGAUGUCACUGCGUCAUCAGGGAUGCUCUUGAUUCGAAUCCUGGCUUUCGACCUGGCUCCUGGAGACACACUGAGUGUGGAGGUAGGAGGUAUGACCAUCAGCCCUACAGAACCUGGAGAAACCAUGCUGUCUGGGCUACCAGAUACGGCACUGGUUUUGACUGCAAUGUUGACGAGGGCUGCGAACUCGGCUGGAGCAUCGGGGUACCUUAUCACCUUUACCACUUCCACACCAUAUGCUGUUAGACAGUGUAUGCCAUGGCUUAUUCCUGUGUUAGCUUCUGUUAUUGUUUUGCAAUUCAUCGUCAUAUCUGUUCUGCUAACGCUGUUUUGCUACCAGCGAAGACGCAAAGUACGAACCAGGACGGGCGAGAACGAACCAGAUCCUUACAUGGACCUACAACCCAGACCCGAGGGAGACAGGACAUACCAGGAGAUGGCUAUCACCUCAACGGCUUCGUCCAAAACACCAGGAGAAAGACGUCUACCAUCACCAAACCUGAUUUAUGAGAACCAGAAUGUUUCGGAGAUUGCACACAAAAAAGAAGAGGGUGCUCAUUUUUAG